AUGUCUUCCUGGACGCACCUUGUUCGUUUUGUCGCCGUCGAGGACAGCCAAGUUCACCUCGGCCAACUAGUCGAUACAACUCGGGAUGUUGGACGCGAUAGUGCUGACGGGGUCAAAAUUGCCGUUAAGGUCAUUGAGGGUACUAUCUUUGACGGUCGCGUUACAAAGGAAGUUUUGCAUGUGAAGCAGCUUCUUGCGCCCGUUACACCGGAGCAAUGUAGCUACAUCCGCUGCCUGGGUCUCAACUACGUGGACCACGCCAAGGAAGCAAACCUUUCUCUCCCCAAAGCACCAGUUCUUUUCACCAAGCCUCGCACUGCCCUCGCUGGCCCCUACCCUGCCACCAUCAACAUCCCGAAGUGUGCACAGGAUGGUAGCAGUGACUACGAAGCCGAGUUGUGUCUGGUCAUUGGAAAGUCUGGCAGGGAUAUUCCCGAGGAGGAAGCUCUAGACUACGUUCUAGGCUACACUGCAUCCAAUGAUGUCUCCGCUCGUACCAUGCAGAUGAUUACGGCACAAUGGUCUUUUUCGAAGGGUCUUGAUGGAAGUUGUCCUAUUGGCCCUGUCCUCGUGGCACCCUCCGCGAUCAAAGACCCUCAAAGCCUGUCGAUUCAGGCCAUUCAUAAUGGUGCUACCGUUCAGGAUGGACAUACUAAAGAUAUGAUCUUCAAUAUUAAGAAGCAGAUCUCAUAUCUCUCCCAGGGCACCACACUCGAGGCCGGAACACUCUUUUUGACUGGAACCCCUGCUGGUAUCGGGUAUUUCCGAGAGCCACGAGUGGUUCUCAAGGAUGGCGACGAGAUCUCUGUAAAGAUUGAUCAAAUCGGCACUCUUAUUAACAAGGUCCGUUAUGAAGCUCGUUGA